CAGAUCCAAAGUUUUCACAUUUCAUCAUUCGAAAAAUUCGCAUUUCAUCGUUACAAAAUUGUUGCUAGUGUUUCGAUUUUCAAAGGAAAAAAAAAUUAACAAAGUGUAAUACCAUGUCACUUUGGAAAGUAUUUAUUUUUUUGAUUACCAGACUACAUUUCCAUCUUGUUGUUUCAAAACAACAUGAAACCUACCAAAAUGAAUUAGAUCCAGAUAAGCCUUUGUACAUGGAUCCAACGAAUGAUUUCGUUUUUAAGAAAAUAUUCGCCAAUUGUACUACGUUGUCGCUGUUUAUAAACUCUGCUUUAAAUUCAAACGAUUUAACAGUAUGCCACUUGAACAAUCCUCCCCAACAAUAUCAAGACGAUAAACAAAUCUAUUACGACAUUCACUGCAAAGCCAACGACAACUCAACAAUUAUUGUCGAGAUGCAAUUUUUGACGGACAAAUUCUUUUUACAACGCAGCAUAUAUUACACCUCCCAUUCCAUUGUGUCUCAAUUGAAGACUUCGGGUGAAAAACGAUUUGAAAAACUCUCACCAGUACACUUGAUAGCAAUAUGUGAUUUUAAAGUUUUUGAAAAUGGAAAAUCAUACAUAACCAGACACCAGAUUACAAAUAUUGAGACCCAUGAAACCUCCAUUCCAUAUUUGCAGUUUGUAUUCAUUGAAUUAUGGAAGCUUAAAUUCAACAAAAUCAAAUAUCAGAAAGAUGCCUCUCUGGUAGAGUUAUUCGCUUAUUUUUUUUCGUUUCAAAUCAAAAAUGACGAAUACAAAGUUGGAUUUAAUCAGAUGCUGAACGACAACAGUGUCAUUAAAACGGCUGCGGAGUGUGCCCGAAUGUCAGCGUGGACAGAAGAUGAAAAAGAAAGAUAUGAAAUAUUUUCCAGGGAACAAGCUCGAAUAUACGGUAUAGCAGUAGCUGCUGAUGAAGAAGGCGAGAAAAGAGGGUUUGAAAAAGGGGAGAAAAGAGGGUUUGAAAAAGGGGCUCUCGAGGAACAAAAAAAGAUGAUAAUAAACAUGCAGCAACGUAAUUUAAGCAGUGAUAUUAUUCAAGAUGUAACGGGAUUAAACGCAACCCAAAUCGCUGCUCUUCUAAAUUAAGAAAAAUAUAAUUUUUAGCAAUUAAAAAUUACCUAUCUAAUUGUAA